CCUAAGUAUUUGCAGGAUCAAGACCCUGUAAAAUACAAAAAUAUAUUUAAUUUAUUAGAGCAAUUUUCUAGGGAAUUCAAGAUUAAGAUGGAUACUCCUUUUGGUUUUAUAGCGUAUGCUCCAAUAAAAAACAUUGUCUUGUGAGCUUGAAUGGCUAAAGAAAUUUUGAGAUUAGAAAAUGUAGGUGUAACUGCCAGGUUAGGUGAUCUACCAAAUGGGUCAUUUCCAUGGUAAUGGUGCAGAAAGUUCAGGAGAUCUGAAAAUUUUGCCUAAAUUCACAAAAUCCGAACAAAGACCAUCAAGCGAGAACAUUAACGGGAGCCUAAACUUGAUUAAAUAAAGAGUGAAUUGCCUGAUGCCUAGUUUUUCAGUGCCCUGGAUGCCAAUCCUGGCAGAAAAAAUAUGGACAAAGAAAUUGUAAUUCUCUGAUGAUGUUUAAAACCUCACAAAAGAUACAGAUUCGCCCAUUUGUCAUGUGAUAUUUAUUCAGCCCAAGAAGUGUUUAAAACUAAAGAGGAGAACAGCUUCUUUGAAUUGUAGACUGUAUGGGCAACCAUGGAAGAAAAUUAAGCCAAAAAUACCAAGUGUGGAUAUCGAGGAAAAAGAGGGUCAAGUUAAAUCUAGAUAAAUGCAUUAUCAGAGCAACUGACGUAGUAGUCAUUUUUUUGAAGUGUAACCCUGCUAAAGCAACAGUAAUCCCCAAGGUGAGGCUGCCAUAGAACUAUGCUGAGCAAGAGACGAGAUCAAGGAUGAUAACUGAAACAUUCAUUUCUACCCCCUGGUAAUUCACAAAAUAUCAAAUAAUAAAACUGCUGUCAGUCCCUCAGUCUAGCAGUGGUUUUUUGGCACUUGUCCAGUACUGAAUAUAGCAAACCUGAACCAGUAAGAGGAUCUGAACAGGGUACACAUAUUAAACAUGGAAGAAGAAGAAGAUGACUAUAUGUCUGAUUCUUUUAUUAAUGUGCAACAGGAUGUCAGGCCAGGAUUGCCAAUGGUGAGGCAUGUAAAAGAAGCUAUUCAAAAAGAAGAAAAGCAGAAGGAAGCUAACCAGAAAAAUAGACAAAAGAGCCUAAAAGAAGAGGAAAGAGAGAGACGUGACACUGUGUUGAAAAGUGCUUUAGGAAAUGAAAACAAAGGCUUUGCUUUGCUCCAAAAGAUGGGGUACAAAAGUGGGCAGGCCCUUGGCAAGAGUGGAGGCGGCAUUGUUGAGCCUAUUCCUCUGAACAUUAAAACAGGCAGAGGUGGGCUUGGUCAUGAAGAAUCACAAAAGCGGAAAGCAGAAGAAAGGCUAGAAAACUACAGAAGAAAGAUUCAUAUGAAAAAACAAGCAGAUGAAGAUGCUGCAGAUCAGUUUAGAAUGAGAUUCAAAAGCAAACAAGAAGAACGUAAGAUAGAAGGGGACCUUAGAAAAAGCCAGAGGGCCUGUCAGCAAUUAGACACACAAAAGGAUAUUAAAGUUCCCAAGGAGAUUUGGUACUGGACAGAACCUGAGCAAGAAGAAAAGGAUCAAGAGGAGGAAGAAAAGGAUGAAUACAAAGGUUCAGACUUAAGUGUAUUAGAGAAAUUACAAAUCCUGACUGCCUAUUUAAGAGAAGAGCAUCUUUAUUGUAUCUGGUGUGGAACAGCAUAUGAGGAGGCUGCAGAUUUAUCUUCAAACUGCCCUGGAGAUAGUUCAGCAGAUCACGACUAAAAUCUUUGUAAUAAAAGGAACUCUGGAAAAAUAUUGUUGAUUAACAGCAGUAUUUUAAAAUCUCUCCAUGGGACAUCAAGAAUUCACACAAGUACUGCAGGUGGAAAGACAUAUUGAAAGGUUCAGAGCACACUUUUGAAAGCACAGAAGCAGUUGUAGAUUUUAGAUUUUUUUUAAAAGUGAAGCUAGUCAUUGAACUCACUAUUUAAUAAGAACUACAAAUUUACAUAUGUACUUAAUGCUAAAUAAUUUAGGUGCAGGCAGGAGUUUUGCAGGUUUCUACCAAACUAAAAACUGCAAUUCCAGUCUUGCACCUCAGAGGACUGGCAGCUAACUGCACCAAAUUGUUAUGGUUUAUGAUUUCUGUACACCAGUUGGAGGUACCUAGGUUCAGACUGCUAAAUUUGUGUGUGUGUAUAUAUGUGUGAUUGUGGACAGAUGGAGAUUUGAAAUGGACAGUACUUGACUUUGUAACCAACAUUUUAAAGGCUUCCCUGGGGGAAAAACACUGCCCUUCCUUUCCCAGAUAACAUAAAGCAUGGAAUAGAGGAUAAUCACUUGACAGUGAAUAUUGGUUAAGUCUUUAUAGUAUACAGUGUUAGACAAGUCAUUUAAUAUGCGUCCUUCAGUAGGAUGUCUGAUUUGAAUCUUAAGUUUAUUUUUUGUCAACAUAAUCAGCCAGAUAUGUGAACUCUGCUGGUUGAAAAUGGUCUCACCUUGCACAAAGUAUUUGGCUUCAUCAAUCUCUAUUGCUUAAUGUAAAUAUGGAUGUUUGUAUAGAAACUCUAAAUUUCAUUAAUUUAGUGGGUAUUUCUGAAGUGUUUUGUUCAUAAUUAAACAGCUUUUUGUAACUA